AUAAUGAAUCCAUCUCUCACUUUCAACACAACCGUGAUGUGGAAUCAGAGGCUAGCAUAAGUUAAAAAUAUAUAUAUCUGUCUUGGUCGAAAAGCCGAAAAUAAGGAUCACCAAAUAAAAGAGAUGAAGAUAACAAGGGCAGUUCUAUAAUGGUCCAAAAGCAACUGUACUUCUCCCUUGUGGCAGGUAUAGCGGUGGGAUUCACUUUGGCCUUCGUGAUACUAGCGCCGAACACCCUGUACAGGCCGAGCAACACUUACAGAUUCGUAGGCUGGAGCAAUAACCGACCGGAGGAAGGAUCGCACCGGCUGAGCGCCCACGGACACGACGGCCACCACCACGAUGCCCACGACGAGGAGGAGAUGGAGGACGCCGCCGGUCCCGACGAGGAGGUGGGCUUCCACGACGAGAACGACACCUUCCACAAGAUGACGGACCGCUCUUUAGCCGACGAGUUGUCGAGGAAGGUGAGGGUGCUGUGCUGGGUGAUGACGGGACCGCAGAACCACGAGAAGAAGGCCAAGCACGUGAAGGCCACGUGGGGCAAACGGUGCAAUAUACUACUCUUCAUGAGUUCAGAAUCCGAUCCCGACCUGCCCGCUAUAGCAUUACCUGUAGGAGAAGGAAGGAAUAAUUUGUGGGGUAAAACAAAAUUAGCAUUCAAAUACGUUUACGAAAACUACUACGAUCAGGCGGACUGGUUCAUGAAAGCGGAUGACGACACAUACGUCAUAGUGGAGAACCUGAGGUACAUGCUCCUACCCAACUCCCCCGAAGACCCCAUAUACUUCGGCUGCAAAUUCAAACCCUUCACGAAUCAAGGGUAUAUGAGCGGAGGGGCGGGUUACGUCCUCAGUCGCGAGGCUUUGAAAAGGUUCGUCGAGACAGGCCUAGGCGAUCCAAAGCGCUGUAGACGGGACAACGGAGGCUCAGAAGACGUCGAAAUGGGAAAAUGUCUGGAGAAAUUGGAGGUCGUCGCGGGUGAUUCGAGGGACCCCGAGGGAAGGGGGAGGUUCUUCCCCUUCACCCCAGACCACCACCUGAUUCCCGGCCACGUGGACAAGAGCUUCUGGUAUUGGAAAUACAUUUACUACGACGAGAAACAGGGCAUGGAGUGUUGUUCGGACAACGCUGUGUCCUUCCACUACAUCAAACCUGAAGUGAUGUACAUGCUGGAGUAUCUGAUUUACCACCUUCGACCGUUCGGAAUAGCCUACAAUCCAAAAUUACCUGGAUAUCACAUAGGUAGGAUGAUAGAGAGCGAUUUGGACGAGAAAACGGACGUAAACGGAAAUCAGGACGAAGACGACGUUUCAUGAAUUUAGGUUUUAAUGCCAAAAGGCUUUUAAUAUAUUAUUUAUUGAC